CCUAAACUUGUGAGGUUGACGCGUUAAGGUCACCCGCGGGAGAUACUUUCCUCUGUGCUACCCGUGUGUUGUGUGGGCGUGACGGAGCCUGGAUGGCGUCCCAACGAUCCCAAGGGACAGCUAGUCCAUCUGCGUCGUCUGUCUUCCUCCCUCUCGGCCGCAGAGGCUCUCGAGCGUCUAUAUCAACCCAGGCUGAACGCGAAAGCCUGAAUGCCACCCUCGAUCAGAUCCAUAACGCAGCUUACCAGUCUGAUAGCCUUACCGUGUUCAACGACUUCACAAGCCCACCAGCCCCAACCUCGAUCGUCGACGAGAAGAGCCUCUCAGGCGAACUGCAAGGAGGCUUGAGUGGGCUAUAUACUAGGUUCCGAACUUCAGUGGGUGGGAUUGUUGGUGGUGUAGGCAAGACAUCGAACAACACGUCCAUCGAAGACACUGGCCUGAAAAGUCCCCCUCCGUCAGAGCGCUCGUUUCCCCGAUCGGCCCCAGACUCUGUCGCAGAGUCGCUACAGCACCACCCCGGCUCAUCUCAGGGAUCGAGGUUGCACUCACCGGUGCCUGGAAGCUUCUCUGCUUCGAAUGGCCCGCAGCCGUUGGGACUGGCUAAAAGCUCCAAGGUUUCUUCAAAGGCAACAAGCAUAUCCUCUAAAGCCUCUAUCUUACCACAGCCAGCCUUGAAAUCUCCCGUUCCACCCUUGCCGAAGACUACAGGCAGCGCAUUGGCUGUAGACCCUACAGUCACGGAGAUUCAUGUGAAUGCUGUCAAAGAACCACCUCUCCACUCAAGUAACACCUCGGCCAAUUUUUCUACCAAUAGCCUACAGACAGUGGACUCCGCUGGCACGGACAAGGAAGAAGGCCCGCACAUUGCAUCACUAAGCUCUUCAGGCUGGAGCCAACGUCUUCCGACCUCUCCGCUUAUCCAGGUCAAGUCACAUCAAAGCGCCUACGAUGGUCAGGAGAUUAGCAGAUCAUCAACGGCGGGCAGUCAGCCUCCCGAUAAUCUUAGGAGGUCGGAUGGGCAUAUAAUCCAUGACAUAGAAUCCACUUUACCCGGGCCAUUGCGAAAGGCGAAAAGAUCGGUUGACCUUGGCCCAGAUGGUAUAUCCUUGCCUCACGAAAGAUUGAGGUCAAACUCAGGUGCUUCUUUCAAACCCGAAAGAUCAACAGUUGCCUCUGGCUCGAGGACAAACAGCGUCAGUCAAGUUUCAAACCACGGGGAAGGGUCUUUGCCUGAAGGGAAAUUGCCACUGGGCGUCACUGCCCCGGUCCCAUUGACUGAUGGAAGCUCCCAGUCAAAAGAGCCAGCGAAAGCUCCUAUCAAGCUUAAAACAGGUGAAAGACCCUCUAUAUCAAGCGCAAGUCGUUUACCCGGUUAUGUGGCUUCUCAAGCCUCAACAGGGGAGUCCAACUCCGGGACGCCAAUCCUGCCUCCGCUCAAUACCGCCGUGGAACGAGUUUCUAGCCAAGACGGACGUAGCCGGCGGUCUCAUGGUGGAGGCGAAGGCGUCAUGUCUCAGCUGCGGAGCAAACUACUCAGCAAAGAGUUUUGGAUGCGAGAUGAAAAUGCAAAAGAUUGUUUCCAUUGUGGAGAAACAUUCUCUACUUUCCGACGCAAACAUCACUGCCGAACCUGUGGCCAAAUUUUCGACUCAAAAUGUACUCUCCUCAUUCCGGGUGACAGGUUUGGUCAACCUGGGACCAUUCGUGUCUGCAAACCUUGUGAGGCUAUGAUCAACGGUCAUGAUGAUGAUUCUUCCGAAUUUUCAGAUAGCGAACAAAGCCCCAUCGUGGUUAAUCCUCGGGUGUCCGAACUGGGCGCAGGCAUAUAUUCACGCAUACUCCCUGACGAUGACGAUACGUCCUCUAUAGUCUCGCAAUCCAUCGAACAUGUUAUGAAGACGCCGACUAUGGCCAUCCCAGCGACUAGGCGUGCGGGUGAAGGGCACAACCGCCGAUCUGCCGUCUUGGAGAUUAGUCCUGAUAGACCCCUAGCCAGGCCUACCUCCUCAAGAUCGCUGAAGUCCACAUUGAGUGGAAGAACCCAUUCUAUAGGUCACAAACGCCAUCAUUCGCGUCAGCAAUAUAUUCGCAACUUCAAGCCAUUUCAUGAUGACAGAGCUCCUUUUCAACGUCGCCAUGCAGAUGAUACUACCCGUGAACAGCGUCUCCCCGCGUUUCACAAGGACAAUAUCAUAGAUCCAGACUUGGCACAAUAUCUUUCAGACGAUGCCUCCAGCGGCGACGAGCAACCCAACCUUUUGUCUGCGGUUUCCGAAGGCUCAUUGUCCAAAAGCGGCGGUGAGGGCGAGAGAACCACUUUCAGCGGGCUACUUGCAGCGAUGAAGAAAGGUCGGUCUGCUUUUGGAGACCGAAGCACUACUAAUCUGAACUUCUCUUACCGUGACGGUGAUGAAGGAAGCCUAAGUAGCUCGAGAGCCGUAAACUUGCCCCGGGCUUCUCGACGCCGCAAUUUGAGCGUUGCGAGUAGUAUCCAUCACCGUCAUUCCCCAAGGGCGUCCAAAGAUAGCGUCUUUAACCCACAUGAGCCGCCAAGCCUUGCUCACCUCCACCCCAUCGGGAUCGCUUCGAGUGGAUUCAAGAUGACAAGGAGCUCGUCUAUGAGAGGAGCUGGCGCUCCCCCGGUCGAACUAAAUAAGGCUAGUCUGCAUCACGUUCGACAGCUCCUGCAACAACUCCUAAAAGAUGCCUCCGUGCCUAAUGCGUCAAAGUGGGAGACGGCUCUUCUUCCCAUCCUUUUAAAGGCAGCCGAUGAAGUUGUCCCAGAUGUGCAGGGUGGUGAUGACAUGGACAUUCGUCACUACAUUAAGCUCAAGAAGAUAUCAGGUGGUAGGCCCGGGGACACAUCGUAUGUCUCAGGUCUGGUUUUCACCAAGAACCUUGCACUUAAAAGUAUGCCUCGGAGCAUUCCGCAACCUAAAAUCUUGAUCAUUGCUUUUCCACUUGAGUAUGCACGGCAUCAGCAGCACUUUAUGAGUUUAGAGCCCGUGAUUCGUCAAGAGCGAGAGUUCCUCGAGAACUUGGUUAGCCGCAUUGCUGCUCUCCGGCCAAACUUGCUUCUAGUUGAGAAGAACGUGUCUGGCUUAGCUCUGGAAUUGCUGGAAAAGGCAAAUAUUGCAACCGCAUACAAUGUGAAAUCCUCGGUCCUUGAGGCUGUUUCUCGCUGCACUCAGACACGGAUUAUAACAUCAAUGGACAAGCUUGUGACCACGCCUGUGAGUAGUGACUGCGGCAGCUUUGACGUCAAAACUUACCUGUACAAUGGCCGCAAAAAGACAUACAUGUACCUGUCCGGCUGCCGCAAGGAACUCGGCUGUACAAUUGUCUUGCGGGGAGGUGACGGUAAUAUCCUUGCCAAAGUUAAACGGAUCACUGAGUUCAUGGCAUAUGUUGCCUAUAAUCUCAAACUAGAGACCUGCUUGAUGAGAGAUGAAUUUGCACAGAUGCCGUCUUUACCUGAUACUGACCCCGACAAAAAGUUAGAGUUCGAUCGAGAAUCGAGUGAGAAGAAGUCUGGUAAUUCGUCUCAAGAGGCUUUGGUGACCACCAGCGAGGUUAGCGAAGUCCCUGACGACGUUCCCAUGCCGACGUACUACGAGGAGAUCAUUCAUGAUCAUGAAACGAAGAUAUUGUCUGCCUCUCCGUUCGUCAAAUUCGAGCCUCCUUAUCUACUCGCAAGGGCUCGGGAGAUGGAGCGCAGGCUAGCCUACCUGAAGCGUCUCCGCGACCAAGAUCCUGAUUCAGGUUUGCCCACAGACGAAAAGGCGAAAGCCCAAAAAUUUAUUCUCGUCACUCCUGAAAUGGUCCAUCAGGCUCCACAAGGAGCUCCCCUAAAGGUCAAAGAAGUUUUGCGUGCAGCCCAUGAUGCCGAGUAUGACCGAGCGCUUCAUCAUUAUCAAACCCAGAAACGACAGUGGGAGGCCUAUGUCGCUGGCAGCGUCGGUCUCUUUGACCCAUACGCACAUCAAAACAUUGUCGUCCUGUUUAGCCUUGUCUGCACUACCACCUCGAUCCCGUGUUCCGGGCCAGAUCUCCUUGCGCUAGAGUACUACAAUGAGCAUGGUGGAGAUGCAAUCUUUGAGCCAGACUGUACGCUUGGGCAAUAUGUAGAGGAUAUCUGUCUCCAUGCCAAUGCAGUUUGCACGGCGAACGGCUGCGAGAAAAGAAUGUUCGAGCAUCACCGUCAGUAUGUCCACGGAGAAGCCCAGAUAAGUAUCUUCACCCAGCCGUAUCCCUCGAAGCUUCGCGGCCUCCAGGAUACCAUUUUGAUGUGGAGCUGCUGCAAGAUCUGUGGCAAUGAAACCCAGGUCUUCCCAAUGUCCGAAGGCACCUGGAAGUAUUCUUUCGGGAAGUACUUGGAGCUUUCGUUCUGGAACAAGAACCUUCAUGCCCGAGCGGGGGUUUGUCCCCAUGACCUGCAGCGCGAUCAUCUUCGUUUCUUUGGCUUCAAGGAUGUUGCUAUCCAAGUUCACUAUGAUACAAUUAACCUACUUGAGAUUAUCGUUCCACGGACCCGAGUCACUUGGAAAGUGGACAACGAUCUCAAACUCAGAAACGAGGUCUAUCAGAGGAUGGAACAACGCAUCAAUAGAUUCAUGACCUCAGUCAAAGCCAGAUUGAAGGGGAUCAAUGUCGAAAGCGUGAUUCCAAAAUUAGCAGAAGACUGCAAAAAGGAAAUUGAGAACCUGAACAGAAAGGCCAAUGAAGAUAGCGCUAUGUUUGUUAAGCAUCUUCAAGACAAGUAUACCAAUUCCCAGUACUGGGAGGUCAUACCGUUGAACGAAGUCCUCCGAGCUGUCCAGGAAAAGGUUGUGGAAUGGGACACUGCCUUCGCCGAGUUUGAGAAGAAUUUCUUCCCUUCGGAGAAGGACAUCCGGCGUCUAGCGACUUUGCAGCUGAAGAAGAUAUUUUUGGACAGGGAUGCGUCUGUGACCUCGCUCACCUCUAAUGAAGAGCCCCCAACAACCCCAACCGAGAUAGAGUGUGGGAAUAGUCCGGAGUCAGAAAGGAUCCAUCAGGCACGUCGCAUGACCCUCUCGCCUGAAAAAGCUCAGGACGUUCUCGUGUCGGUUGUCGAGGAGCAUUCGAACAGAAAAGAUGUCGCUCAUAGUCAAGGAAGUGAGCUAAGCAGAGAUGAUAUAGAUUCAUCAGCUAUCUCAUCUAGCCCGGUAAGCUCACGAUUUUCGCCUCCUCAAGCUGAGCUGGCCGCAGAGAAAGAGGUCCAACAUCUCGAUCUCGCAACACCAUCGGCGCAGCCAGAACCGUCAGCAUUGGUGCCCUCUGUGGCAAGCUCUCUGGAGACUAUGGACACCCCUUCUCCCAUGGCCAUUCCUACAGUGCCUGUUACAGUGCCUGAUGCGAAAGCGACGGAGAUUCCCUUUCCCGAAUAUUCCAGUACUCAUGCACGAAAGAAGAGUGAAGAUGCAGUCAAAGUCAUCCCUCCGAGCCGUCUGCCGUCGGCAAUCCCACGACCGGCCGAAGGUCUCUUCCGGCGUAGCGGAAAGUCGUCCUCUCCGCCUUUGUUUCGCUCUCAAACUCAACCCGUUCAACCGCAAAAGGAGCUAGCGUACGAAGGUGUACCUAUCCGGGGCAUGAAGCUUGCGCUUGGAAAGAUGAAUCCGUUGGAUGGAACCCCCAGUCCUCCUCUAGAAUCCAAGUUCAAGCCUGGAGACAAGAAAUUAUUUGGCUUCAAUGCCCUGCGGAACGGGAGGAUGACGCCUGGCCCAUCUUUCAUCCCACGUUCAAUACCCCGAAGGAACUCACGGGUGUCUAACCUGGCGCGACACUUUGAGCAACUGAGCCGAGAAUUUGAGAAGGAGCGCCAACGUGAAAGAGCCCAGCGUGCCGCUAAAGGGGCGCAUUCCAGGGCUUUUCCACUAGCCUCCUCCAAGCCCAUUGUGGAAGUGUAUAAGAACGUUAGAGAGGCAGUAGAAGAGCGAGAGCCUUCGGGUGAAGGUGACGAACUACUGUCGCGUAUCCCUCUGGAUCAGUCAAGUAGAAACAGCGAGGACAUCCUCAGAAAGGACUCGGAGGAGGACAACAGGAAAGAUUCCAUUUCUCACGAUCUUCCUGACGCGAAACCAGAGAUUGAGGACGAAACUCGUGAUGAGCAUAAUUUGUCGGACAAUGAAGCAGAGGCACACAGUGAUGAGGACCGUACAUUGGCAGAUGACCUUCAGCGAACCGACUCGAACGACGAGAUCAAGGGGUCCCCGGAGGAUGAACAAAUGGACCUCAAAGAGUUUCCGAAACACGAAAGAAGCACCCUCCUCAAGAUGCUGACGAAUUUCUGGUCGGAGCGCUCAGCCAGUGGUUGGACACCUCUCGACUACCCACUCACUAUGACCGAUCAUGUCUUCGCUGAUUGCGAUAUUGUCGUGCGUGAGGAUGAACCAAGCUCACUGAUAGCGUUCGCAUUGGACUCGUCUGACUAUAAGGAGAAAUUGACGGGUAUCCAACGGCGCUACGAGGAGCCUGAGGAGAAGACCGCAAGCCUAGAAGAAGGGACAGAGGCCCUCGAAGAAACUCGGGUGGAGCAUGCACUUCUGCGGUCAACCGGCACGCACCUGAAAUAUCAGUUCCAAGAAGGUCAAGCCAAGAUGCUGUGUAAGAUCUUCUACGCCGAGCAGUUCGACGCUUUACGGAGGAAGUGUGGUGUCGCAGAGCGUAUUGUGGAAUCACUCUCCCGAUGUGCUAAAUGGGACUCGAAAGGAGGCAAGACCAAGUCCUUGUUCUUAAAGACCCUCGAUGAUCGCUUUAUCCUCAAGUCACUGUCGCCCAUUGAAACCCAGGCAUUCUUGAAAUUCGCCCCCGCGUAUUUCCAGAUCAUGUCCGAAGCUCUCUUUCACGAACUCCCUUCCGCAAUCGCCAAGAUGUUCGGGUUCUACCAGGUCAUCAUCAAGAAUCCUGCCACGGGGACGGAGUUCAAUUGGUUCUUACUGCUGAUGGAGAACCUGUUCUACGACCGAGUUCCGACACGGAUAUUCGACCUCAAAGGCUCAAUGAGGAACCGCAAAGUGCAGAGCACCGGAGAACGCAACGAGGUGCUUCUCGAUGAGAAUAUGGUUGAUUUUAUCUACGAGACACCACUGUUCGUCCGUGAACAUUCCAAGAAGCUCCUCAGCCAAAGCGUCUGGAACGAUACCCUCUUCCUGGGUCGUCAGAAUGUGAUGGAUUACUCUCUAAUGAUAGCCAUCGAUGAGAACCGUUCAGAACUGGUUGUCGGAGUCAUCGAUUGCAUUCGAACCUACACCUGGGACAAGAAGCUGGAGUCCUGGAUCAAGGACCGUGGUUUUGCCGGUGGUGGCAAGAACCGGCCUACUGUUACUAGCCCGAAGGAGUACAAAAGUCGCUUCCGGGAGGCCAUGGCCCGAUACGUCCUCCAGGCACCGAGCUGCUGGCACCAAUUCCAACAACCCCAAGCAUUCCGAUACGCUCCAAUCGAGCACUACCCGAACCAGCCCAAUCACUCAGCCACCGAUGGUGAUGCUAAUGAGGAGACGACGCACUGAAGUGGGCUGCCAUUUUGCUGAAGAUGGCAACUCCAUAUACCUCCAAUCACACUUCAUCUUGUAUGAACUACGACAAACAUGCAUACAUACAGACGUACAUACAUAAGGACACGAAGAGACGACACGAAGUGAUGUAUAAAAGAACCAAACAGUCCUUCUAUGGUGCCAAUUAUUCGCUUUAUCUUUGUUUUUC